AUGUGGCAAAAAGUGAAAGUGCAUCUAGCUCUAAGCAUGUCUUUCCUCGUUGCUGUUUUUUGCUAUUGCAGAAGGCUAUACAGUUUUUUAGCACAGCUGCUGAAACGGUGGAGCAACUACGUUCAGAAGAAACUCAUAAGGAAUCUCAGUGUGCUGCCAGAAGUUGAUCUGCUUGGUUAUAGUGCAAGAGAAUGGAAAGGAGAAACAAAGCAGACCAAACACAUGAGGGAGGCAUAUGAAGAAUUGUUCUGGAACUAUCAUAUCAAAUAUCUGCGACAAGUCAGGAAGGACAACUAUUGCAUACUAAGAGCAGUGCUUUUCCAGAUAUUCAGCCAAGGUAUUCCUUUCCCAUCAUGGAUGAAGGAGAGGGAUAUAUUAAAGCUCCCUGAAAAGCUUUUAUAUUCUCAAGGUUGCAACUGGAUUCAGCAAUACAGUUUUGGGCCAGAAAGAUACACAGGUCCCAAUGUCUUUGGGAAAUUGCGCAAAUGUAUGGAAGCAUUAAAGACCAAUUGGGCUGAAAUAUGUGCUACUAAAGAUCAUGAAGAAAGAGGAAACAUGUGCAAUACACUCUUCUCUGAUGAGAGUAAGGAGCACAAACUGUAUGAGGCCAUAAAGUUCAUCAUGCUUUAUGAAGUUGUCGAAGCCUAUGAGCAGAUAAAGAACAGGGAAGAACCCAUGCACAACCUUUUUAGCCUUCUCCUUGCUCGUGAUUCUUCGUCUGACCCUUUGAGUUUCAUGAUGAAUCAUCUCAACUCCAUAGGUGACUCUAUUUGUCUAGACCAGGUUGAACUGUUCCUUCUUGGAUACUUACUUGAAGUAAAGAUAAGAGUUUACAGACUGCAUAGAUUUAAUACUGAGGAAUUUCAAGUGAACUAUCCAGAUGAGUACCGAAGGGAAUGGAAUGAGAUUUCUCUCCUGACCGAGGAUGACCGCUACUAUCACAUCCCCCUUUUCAGAACGUGAAGGACCUUGGUCCAUGAAGGACCAUUCUUUUUCUUUUGUAUAAUAUAGUGAGUGAGCAGUUCCAGUGAAUUAGGUUUCUAAUUAGCAGCAGUAAGGUUUUGAGAAUGCUUGUUAAUGAUUACAAAAUGAUGUAAGGGUUUAUUGUGUAAACAUUUUGCUUUCCCAUUACAGCU